AUGAAUCAAUUAAUUAAUGAACAAAUGAAACAAAUUAUAAAUAAUAUUUUUUGGAAAAUAAAAGAAGAUAAUAUAAAACUUGAUGAAAAUUUAUUAGAAUAUUUAUUAAAAAAUUAUCAAUGGUUAUUACCAUCAGUAGCACAUCAUAAACCAAUAUUAGUUAUGAAUUAUAUUAAUAAAAAUGAAACAUUUAUUGAUUAUUUUAAACAAUUAAAAAUAUGUUCAUUAAGUGUUGAAUUUCUUAAUGAAAUAUUAAUUAAUGAUUAUUUUAUUAAAUCAAUUGAAGAAUUAAAUCAACAAAUACAAUAUAUUAUAAAUAAAACAUCAAAUUAUUUAUUAAUUUAUCAUGGACUUGAUUAUUUAAUAAAAAUAAGUAAAUAUUCAAAUGUACAAAUAUGGUUUUCAAAAACAAUAAUUGCAUCAAAUAUAUGGAAAUAUUUACUUGAUAUAUUUAAUAAUCCAAAUAUAUCAUCAUUUAUACAAUCAUCAUCGAUUUUAUUAACACAAUUAAUAACAUUAUUAACAAAUUUAUCUAUACAAUGUCCAACAAAUCAAAUAAAUAUGUCAUUAAUAUCAUCAUAUUUAGCUUAUUUAACUGAACAACGUCUUGAACAAGAUCGUCCAUUACAAGGUUAUUUACAAUAUAUAUUAAGUGAAGUUGUACUUAAACAUGAAUAUAUACAAUGUUUAAUAAAUACACGUGAUUAUCCAAUAAAUAUACGUGAAUAUUAUUCAUUAUUUCAAAGAAAUUCACUUUAUCAUAAAUUAAUUCAAGAUUGUUCUCAAUCAAUGAAUAUUGGACAAUUAAUUGAAAAAUUAUUUGGUUUUAAUUAUUUACAAGCUAAUAUAUGGACAGCUACAAAUUAUAUUAAAAAUAAAAGUUAUUUAAUAAAAGCAUCAAGUGAACCAAUUAAUAAUAAUCAUAGAAGAAAAAUAUCACGAGCUGAAUUAGUUUCAUUAAGAUCAACAAUACAAGGAAAAUUAACAACAAAAUCAAUUAGUUCAUUAACUAAUUUAACUAAACAUCCAAAAUUAUCUUUAAAAUCAACAACAAAUGAAUCAUCAAUAUCAAAAAAACCUUCAUCAAUAUCACCUAUAGAAAAUGUACAUUUUAUAUUACACAUUAAUGGACAACAACGACAAUGUAUUUUACCUAAAACUACACGAUUAAGUGAUUUAUUAUUAUCAUUUGAUUGUCGAUCAUUAAAUACUUACGAAGUUGAUGUUAUUGAAUUUACUUUUAAUAAUCAUAUUUUAAUUAAUGAUGGUCAAGCAAGCUGA